AUGAGAGUGGCUCACUUUUUCGCACUUUUAGUUCUAGUUGUUUUUAUGGGUUGCAUUGUGGAAUGCCAACAACCUGCAACACCUAUUUGGCCACCCACUUUCAAAGCCACCUUCACAGAGAGGUUACAAAUAUUCAAGUGGCUUUCUCCUUCAACGACCAAUGGAACUUAUUAUUAUGAUGCUGCCAACAAUAGGCAAAGAAUUGAUAGAGCGGAUGGUGCUCAUGAUCGAUAUUGUGGAACCGUUCAUUUUGGUACAAACACUCCAUGCACACAUCUUGUAGUUGAGGAUAAGAGAUAUUUGGUUUUUCCUGAAUUGAAGAGUUGUUGCAUGUGCUGCACGAGUGAGAAUGGAUGUGGCGUUUUGAGUAGAGAUUGGCUUAAAAACGCAACAUACAUUGGACAAACAGUUUACAAUGGAUAUCACGUGAACCAAUGGGACAAAGAAGGACUUCAACACAACUAUUACUAUGAAACCAUUGGUGUUGUUAAACCAAUUGCCAUCGAUCAACAACCAAAUGAUUUGAUGGUGUUCAAUGCAAACAGCUACAGUGAGGCAAAACAAGACAGUUCGUUGUUUGCCAUUCCUUCGUAUUGUAAGGAUGAGAGUACUGGCUCUGAUCACAAAUGCCCAUUCUUCUCAAUUUGCACCAUUGCAGCUCAACAACGCAUUCAUUAA